CAGUUGUGCCUGACGCCCGUAGCUCAUCCGACUCCGCCUGCACGUCAGUGUUACGGUGCUAAGACUUCACUUAAGACGGCUCUGAACUCUCUCUCUCAGAUUGUGAGAAGUAUUCAGGUAACAUUGCCUGAGAGCUCAGAGGUGCCAUGAAUUGGACUAUCUUUCAGGGUCUCCUGAGCGGGGUCAACAAGUACUCCACUGCAAUUGGUCGUGUCUGGCUGUCCAUAGUCUUCCUCUUCAGGGUCAUGGUCUAUGUUGUUGCUGCCGAGAAGGUUUGGGGCGAUGAGCAGAAAGACUUUACAUGUAACACGGCUCAGCCUGGCUGCCAUAAUGUUUGCUACGAUCACUUCUUUCCAGUGUCCCACAUACGUCUGUGGGCACUGCAGCUCAUCUUCGUCACCUGCCCAUCGUUUCUAGUGCUGCUGCAUGUGGCAUAUCGUGAGGAACGCGAGAGAAAGCACCGUCUGAAAUACGGUGAGGGGUGUCAGCGCUUGUAUGCCAACACUGGAAAGAAGCAUGGUGGUCUUUGGUGGACCUAUGUUCUCUCCCUGGUUUUUAAGAUGGUUGUGGAUGGGACCUUUGUUUACCUGCUCUACCACAUCUAUGAGGGCUACGACUUUCCGACCCCGCUCAAGUGUUCCGAGGAUCCCUGCCCCAACGUGGUCGACUGCUUCAUUUCUCGGCCGACAGAGAAGAAGAUCUUCACCAUCUUCAUGGUGGUGACAAGUCUGGUGUGCAUCCUGCUCUCCUUCUGCGAGAUCAUCUACCUGGUGGGCAAACGGUGCUUUGAAUGUGUCCACAGGUUGCAGGGGUCACGCCAGAUAAGCAAGGCAAGGUCCAUCUCGAACAUGAGGAGCUCAAAUGCUUGUUUACAGUCAAACGCUAAGAAUCUGGCAAGCAAAGAGCAGCCGGCGCCAGCGUACAGUGAGGUUAUCUCAUCAUAAAAAGAACGUGUUUGGAAAAUAAUGAUGGAGAGUUUCACUCAAAAUGUGACCCAAAGAUGAAAAAUGCUCCUCAUGUUCACCAGAGGCUGGUUGCACCAGCUAUAUGUAAGUUAGAACUUAGUCUAGUUGUGGCGUAAAUGGCACUAAGUCACAAUUUAAGCACUACUAAAUAUUUGAGCGUUGCACCAUUAAAAUUAGGUAGAACGUAACCCUACGUAUAUACUAAAUAUUUACGUAAGCCUCAGACCAGGAGUAACUGAUGGAGUAAAAAAUCUGAUUCAUUUAAUGACAUCAAUGAGCUCAUGUUUUGCAUGACAGGCUUCAGUCCUUUUGACAUAUAUUAUGAUGUUGCAUAACAUGCGUUUAAAUUUAUGGGAGAAAACAUUACAUAAAAAACGUACAACUUCAGCAUGUAACCAUCUAAUGGUGCACUUUGCUGUGUAUGCUGCCCACUGUUAAGUUUCAACAUAUACAAAAUAUAUAAGAUAUUAAAAUGAAUUAAUUUGUAUUUUUCCAGCAUGUUGUACAAGUAUUUAUUUAUUGCCCCUUACUAAUAUUAGAUACAGUUAUUAAAUAUUGUUAUUUACAUAGGCUAAAUAUACCAUCUUGUUUUAUUAUGCAUCAUAUUUUAAUGGGGAUGCCAUUUAUUACAGCUGACAGUUACACGAGCAAACAAGGUUUGAACAUCAACCGUAACAAGAGCAAAUGGAAAUUCACAGCUUUGUAACACUUCUGUCUCAAAUGUGAAGGCUGCUUAUUGGAUCAAUAGAAGUAAAAACGUCAUAUUAUGCGACUAUGCAUCACUUUACGGAGAGUUUACAUCUACUUGACUAAAUCUUGCCUUAAGAACAGGUGGUGCAACCAAUUUACAACUGACUAGUAGUUACUAUAGAGUGAAUUUUACAUCUCAACUUAAGCGAGACCUUACACACAGAUGGUGCAACCCUGCCCAGAAUGUGAACUCAAACAGUACCGACUCAACAGACAUUCGGCAAAAGAGGAAACUGCUUAUAUGCUUGCCUUAUAUCUGCUGGUCUCAUCUUUUUCCUAAAGUUGUUGCAAGAAUCUUUAAAAUAUUGGGAGGUCAAAGUGGCAACAUUCAGGAUGAAAUAUUGAGACAUGAGCCAUCUUUACACAGCAAAGGCUGCACCUGAAGUGGCAUAUAUACCAAAAAAAUAACCUUUAAUGAUUUAAAUAUAAAGUCAUGCAUUUAAAUAUAUGAAAUUAAUGAAAAUUAUUUUACAUUUAUAAAGUCAACAACAAGUCUGCUCUGAUGCUGCAUUUCAUUUACACAGAACAAAAACAGCAUCGGAAACACCUUUGAAACUAGGGGCUGAGGUGGGUCAGAGCAGGUAUAAUUUAGUCUGGCUUUUAUACAGCAUUGAGUCUUUACAAAGAAUGUUGAGCAGGAACAGAGCAGCCUUAACUCUGUUGUGUAAAGAGGCUAUUAUAGUUUAGUUGUAUGACUAAAGCAAGUCAGUGCAUGAUUUAUGUGUGCCGUGUCAUCUGUUAGGCCAAGCUCCAGAAUCUUCACACGCCAAAGGUAUUGGCCUAAUUACAUUUAAUUACAAGGUCAUUUUUGUCAGUUUUCCAACUGACACUAUAUAACAAGAAAAAAUGUAACUCAAAAUUUGUAGCUAAAGCUUUCUUCCAUGCACCUUUAGUUUUUUUUAUAAUUGUACGUUAUAUUAUUUACAUUUUUUCAUCUGAAGCAAAAAAAGUGAUGACAAGAGCCCUUAUCUUGAAUUUAGCAGUGACAUUUAAAUGUUUUUCUCUUCGUUGGAUAUGAGAAUUGCAGGCAUGCAGAGAUGUGUACAUUUCUUCUUCGUUUGUUUACAUUCUGUCUAGGUUAUCACUGUUAUAUUUAAUAUUUUUGAUGCCUGGUUUUUAUUUAUAUUAGCUGGUGUAGAUGUGUGCCAAAUUUUGUGGUGCUCCAAUUUGAAUGUAUUAUAGAAAAUAUUGAUUUUUUUUUUUAAAAUGCUGCCAGAUGAACAAAUUGAAAAGAGGCUGAUGUGUGUGUGUGUGUGUGUGUGUGUGUGUGUGUGUGUGUGUGUGUGUGUGUUUGUGAGAGAAGGCGAGAAAGAGAUUUCUCAUUCACUGAUAAACAUGUAUCCUUUGUAAGUAAACAUUGUCUUAGGUUAGACGUCCUUCGUUUGUAUGUUAACCUUUCGGCAUUCCUUCCUCAUUACCGUGUGUUUAACAUUGUUUGCAUUUUGAAAUUUAUUAAAGUCUGCUUUUUAUUUUCUUAUAAUUUGCUGUCUGUUUAUUAAUUAUUCAUGGUGAUGAAACAAUUAAGGAUGUGUUGUGCCAAAAAAAAUCUCCUGACGACUUGUAUUAAUUAAUAUGAGACGGUACCACGUAAGAUAUCUGUAGAGGAUUCAAUAAUAAGGAAGCGGGGGUGGCAGUUUAGGUAAAUCAAGCUUUAAUGUUUUUUCCCAGUCUAACAGUCUUUGGCUUUUCAGCUUCACAACAAGGUAUCUACUUUAGCUUUAGCCAUAAGAGAUAACAAACUCAAAAAUAUUACAAUUCAACGGCUUUGCAGUGUUUAACCUCACGGAAUGUCAGGCCUGUGUGACUGGGGCUCUCUCUCCCUCACUGAUGUUCUCGGUGGCCUUUUCAAAAGUACAUCUCCAUCAUAACUUUAAUGAGACACAGGUGUUGCAUAUCAUAAAUCACCAGGUGAUGGCCCUUACUGCUUCCUCUCUUGACAAAUGACCAUGUCCUGCACCACAAUAUCAUACAACAUGCCUAGUUAGGUUGACCAGAUUCCUGCUUGUGGAAAACGGGACAGCCCCCUCCCAGCAAAAAUGAACUAACAUAUCCUUACCUAAGCGCAGAUCAAUGUGAAGUAGAACUGUUGUCGCCUUGAACUUUUUGCUUGCAAAACUUUUUCUUAGUGUGUGCUCUUGUCUUUCGAGAGUAUAUCAUAAAAUGCAGAGCAGUCAAAAAUUAAGACGUAUGAAAAGUAUUACCUUCAUGACUGUCUAAAUUUAUCUGGUGUCCAUAGUGCAUUCAUUAAUAAGAACACACGCUCCUCAGACGCAGAUGUCCCAGGCAGGCAUAAAACAAACUCCACGACCUUGGCUAAGACUCUGAAGUUGAUGGUCUUGCUCUCCAGCUCAUGAAAAAUGUCUGUCCAUCUUUCAGUCACGGCCAUCAGUGAUGCAACGAGUGACAAUGUUUUUCACACAAGCCUACUCAUCAAAGACUGUGGUUUCGUCAAUCAAACUGAGAGUAGAAGGGAUUCUGGAGUAGAAGUGUUCGAGACUGCUCUGAAUGUCUUUCCUCUCUGGGAUGUCUCUCAGUAGGGCCCACUCAAGUUUUUCUGUGUUCUCCAAUGAGUUUUUCUGUGUUCUCUUAAUUUUGGAAUCCACUGAUGCUGAAUAAAAGUUUAUCACUCGCAUGUCACCAGCUUCAACCAGGGCAUCCAACUGCGUAUUAAUGUCAGAGGGACUGCAGGACUUUUCUCAGGUCAUGAAUGUGCAAAGUCAUGGCCGCGCACAACAAAAAAACCUUCACUUUUGAGCACCUUGUCAGAUUCUGAACUUUGCUUCACCAAAAAAUCGGUAACACUUGAUGUGGCACACUUUUAGCAGCAUCCACAUGCUUUUUUGUUGGUGUGGCCUCCAUGGGCGAUGGAAAAGUGAGCUCCACAAAUCUCACAUCUCAUUUUACUAGGCUCUGUCUGUGACUUUUUUUAAAAAAAUCUCUUUUUGAAGAUCCUCAUUAAAUGUACAGUGCAUGCACGAUUCCUUGACAUUUUUCCAGCCGUGUGCUCUUUCAAACUGACUCCUCAAUCUGUUCACUAACUGGACAUCUUUUGAUAGGGGAUUAGGAUUGGAAUAGUUUAAUCGUAUUAGUUUAGUUUAAUCCAAUCAUGUACUUCAAAUAACACAGUGUGAUUUUAUUGGUUUACCUUUGAUUAAAAUACUCAUGAGACUGAGAAAACCACUCAGGCAGAAAUUUUAGGAGAGGAAAAUACGGCACAAAACACGUUUUGGGACGGUUCCAGGAAAAUCAGGAUGUGUGGUCACCCUAGGCAUGCCUAGAAUGAAAACUUGCGACUUUUACACAAACCAACAAACAAAAUUUCAAAUCAAUACAAUUGAGCACAAGAGUCAGGUUCUGGAAGUAAAAAUCUCUUUGUAAAUUUUUUCUAAAGGCGAAAUAACUUUUUACGAUUUUAUAAACCUUUAAAGACAGACCUACCACCAGCUUCGAUGUUGUUAAUUGACUGUAUGCUUCUGUUUAAGCCAUCUGUCCGUGUUAUUAUUUUAGCUUCAUUUAUUUGAAAUCUUGUUUAAUAGCAGAAUUCCUGGUGAAGAACUACACUACUCUUGAUCCUAAAGAGAAACACUCCACCAAUCAGAGAAUCUCGACAAAAAACAAUGUACAAAAAACAAUGAAUCGCUGCAGGGACCCCUCACUCGCAUGAUACACAGUGAAUGACACAAUUUAGUCUUCCUAAACUCUCAAACUACUUAUAUAUUGUAAGUGAAUAUUUUUCAAUGAAAUGGCUUAGAACUCUUUUAUGAAAAGCCUAUGAAAGACAUGAAUGGGAGAAUUUUUUCUCGUUAGCACAACUCGUUAGCAAUAUGGCGGCUUCAAAAAUCAUUUAUGUUGUAGAUUAAAACAUCCAAGUAUCUUCAAGUAAUGUUUACCACAGACAUUAUUUUACUCUUGAAAAACCCCAUUAGAAAAACCCAUAGGAAAUUUCUAAAGGAACUCAUGGCGAAUUAGUCUGCCAGGUUCGCCUGCAAAUUGACAUUAUGGCUGAACAGUUCUAUACUUUCCAUAAUUCUUUAUGCAUUGCAAAUAUGUCAAUAGCAUGUAAUACACUUCUCUUGUCUUCCAAACCCUGAUGUUUUCUUUCUUCUGUUGUACACAAAAGUUAGUUUCUAUAAAGGUCAUGAUUAGGUUUAGGGUUUGGGUAAGGUGUUAAGCUUAGGAAAGAUUUUAUGAACACUUGCUCAAAACCCUGAUGUUUCUUUUUCUUCCAUGGUACGCAACUGUGAUUUUACUUUUAAAAUGGUGGUUAGGAGUGUUGUUUGGUUUAGGGGUUAAACUUA